AUGCGAGCGAAGAACAAAUCACUGACGACGAUGGAGAUGGAGGACAGCAAGAAGACAACAAGAAGACAACAAGAAGACAACAAGAAGACAACGAGAAGACAACAAGAAGAAAACGAGAAGACAACAAGUAAACAGCAAGAAAACAACAAGAGGAUAACAAGAAGACAACAAGAAGGCAACAAGAAGACAACAAGAAGACAACAAGAAGACAACAAGAAGACAACAAGAAGACAACAAGAAGACAACAAGAAGACAACAAGAAGACAACAAGAAGACAACAAGAAGACAACAAGAAGACAACAAGAAGACAACAAGAAGACAACAAGAAGACAACAAGAAGACAACAAGAAGACAACAAGAAGACAACAAGAAGACAACAAGAAGACAACAAGAAGACAACAAGAAGACAACAAGAAGACAACAAGAAGACAACAAGAAGACAACAAGAAGACAACAAGAAGACAACAAGAAGACAACAAGAUGACUACAAGAAGACAACAAGAAGACAACAAGAAGACAACAAGAAGACAACAAGAAAACAACAAGAAGACAACAAGAAGACAACAAGAAGACAACAAGAAGACAACAAGAAGACAACAAGAAGACAACAAGAAGACAACAAGUAGGCAGCAAGAAGGCAUCAAGAAAGCAGCACGAAGACAACAGAAAGAAAGCAAGAAAACAAAAAGAGGAUAA